CCUGGCAUGCCUCAUGAGUCAGCGGAGGAUUUGUUUCAUUUCAACGUUGGGGGCUGGCAUUUCUCAGUUCCCAGAAGCAAACUUGCUCAGUUCCCAGACUCCCUGCUGUGGAAAGAGGCCUCAGCUUUGACUUCUUUGGAAAACCAGAGGCUGUUUAUUGACAGAGAUGGUUCCACAUUUAGACAUGUGCACUAUUACCUCUACACCUCCAAACUCUCCUUCUCCAGUUGUGCAGAGCUGAACCUGCUCUAUGAGCAAGCGCUGGGUUUGCAGCUGAUGCCUUUGCUGCAGACUCUAGAUAAUCUGAAGGAAGGGAAACACCAUCUACGCGUGCGGCCUGCAGACAUACCUGUUGCCGAGAGAGCAUCUCUGAACUACUGGCGAACGUGGAAGUGUAUCAGCAAACCCUCGGAAUUUCCUAUCAAGAGCCCAGCCUUCACAGGCCUACAUGAUAAGGCACCUUUGGGGCUCAUGGACACACCACUGCUAGACACGGAAGAGGAAGUGCACUACUGCUUCCUGCCCCUAGACCUAGUGGCCAAGUACCCAAGCCUAGUGACUGAAGACAACCUGCUGUGGCUGGCUGAGACUGUGGCCCUGAUCGAGUGCGAGUGCAGCGAGUUCCGGUUCAUUGUGAAUUUUCUCCGCUCGCAGAAGAUUUUACUACCGGAUAAUUUCUCCAAUAUCGACGUGUUAGAAGCAGAAGUGGAGAUUCUAGAAAUCCCUGCACUCACUGAAGCGGUGAGGUUGUACCGGAUGAACAUGGGUAUGUCACCCGGGGAACCAGGAAGGAGACCCAAAGGUCCCGAUAUAGGUUUGACUAUGAGGGGUGUAGGAGUCACCCAUUCUCCCGGCACAGGUGGCUGUUCCCGGACCUCCUGUCCUCCCCCAAGCCCGGGGAAGGGGGGCCGUGCCGCCGGCCUGGAGUCUGUGAAGCCGCUGUACAUGAUGGCCCUGGGUGUGCUGGUCAAGUACCCGGACUCGGCCCUGGGGCAGCUCCGCAUCGAGAGCACGCUGGACGGAACUAGACUGUACAUCACGGGGAAUGGGGUUCUCUUCCAGCACGUCAGGAACUGGCUGGGGACUUGCCGGCUGCCCCUCACCGAAACCAUUUCUGAGGUGUAUGAGCUCUGUGCCUUCCUGGACAAGAAGGACAUCACUUAUGAGCCCAUGAAAGUGGCUCUCAAGACUCAUCUGGAGCCAAGGACUCUGGCACCCAUGGAUGUGCUCAAUGAGGAGUGGAUGGCAGAGAUUACUGUGUAUUCCCCUCAACAGAUCAUAAAGGUUUAUGUUGGAAGCCACUGGUAUGCAACCACCCUGCAGACCCUGCUGAAGUAUCCAGAACUGUUAUCCAACCCUCAGAGAGCCUACUGGAUCACGUAUGGACAGACCCUGCUGAUCCACGGAGAUGGCCAAAUGUUUCGACACAUUCUCAACUUCCUGAGACUUGGAAAACUGUUCUUACCAUCUGAAUUUAAGGAGUGGCCCCUUUUCUGCCAGGAGGUGGAAGAAUACCACAUCCCAUCCCUCUCAGAAGCCCUUGCCCAAUGUGAGGCGUACAAGUCAUGGACCCAGGAGAAGGAAUCUGAAAAUGAAGAAGCUUUUCCCAUCAGGAGGUUGCAUGUGGUGACGGAAGGGCCCGAGUCGCUGGUGGAGUUCGGUAGAGAUGCCAAAGAAACCUUAGCCUGCAUGCCUGGGGACUUCCAGGACUGCAAUGACAGGACUCCCUGGAACAAGGCCAAGGGGACCCUGGCCAGGUCCAGCCAAAUGGAGGAGGCUGAGCAGUACUCCCGGACCAUCCAGAUGUCCUUGUGCCGAGGUGCCAAGCGGGCAGGCAAUCCCAGCACAUACUCCCACUGUUCCAGCCUAUGUGCCAACCCCAGACACUGGGGGGCCUGUCCUGGAAGUCCCCCCAAAAAGAAGUCCACCACAGUCAAUCUCACACAGAAAUGUGAAACCAAAGACCCUCCUGUCACACCCAUGCAAAAACUCAUCUCCUUGGUGCGGGAAUGGGACAUGGUCAACUGCAAACAAUGGGAAUUCCAGCCGCUGCCGGCUCCUCUGAACAGUGCCUUGGAGGAGGCCACCCUGCAGCUCCCCUCGAGGAGUGAGGCUGCUUCCCAGCCCAGUACCUCAACUUCCUGGAAAGGUCAUUCCACAGCCUCAGAGAAGGACCCAGGUCUGCAGGCAGGGGCUGGAGCUGGAGCCAAAGACAAAGGGCCAGAGCCAACGUUUAAACCAUACCUUCCCACAAAAAGAGCCGUCACCCUGAAGGACUGGGGCAAGCAAAAGUCAAAGGAGAGAGAAAGUCCUGACCCUGAGCAGCCUCUGCCUGAGCCCAGUGACCUCGGCAGCUCAGGGGUCAUCCUCAAGGUGAGCCACCCCCCUGUGGUGGGCAACGAUGGCUCCUGCAUGUUCUUUGAGGACAGCAUCAUCUACACCACACAGAUGGACAUCCUGAGGCACACACUGCCCUCAGCCAGCCCCCUGCCCCGAGAGGUGACCUUCCUGAGUUUCUCUCUGUCCUGGGAAGAGAUGUUUUAUGCACAGAAAUGUCACCGCUUCCUGACCGACAUCAUCCUGGAUUCCAUCAGACAAAAGGACCCCAAAGCCAUCACAGCCAAGGUGGUCUCCCUGGCCAACCGACUGUGGACCUUGCACAUCAGCCCCAAGCAGUUUGUGGUGGAUCUGCUGGCCAUCACCGGCUUCAAGAAUGACCGGCACACCCAGGAGCGCCUGCACAGCUGGGUGGAGCUCACACUGCCUUUCGCCAGGAAAUACGGCUGCUGCGUGAACCUGCUCAUCCAGAGGGGCCUGCCUAGGUCUGUCUCUUACUCUAUCUUGGGCAAGUACUUACAAGAGGGCUAGGGUACCCAUAGGCACUACCCCACAUGUCCCU